GGAAGGCGGGGCUGAAAGUUCCUACUCAGUGGAAGCCGAGAAGCAGGAGGCACUGGCAUGAAGCAGCAGAGAUGGUACUGGAUGUCGGCGAAGACGGGUACAGUGCUGUCAGGGGUCUUUUCCAUCAUGGCCACCCACAUGCACCUCAUCUUUGAAAGGAGGCACCUCGGGGUCAGCAACUGCACGGACAUCCACCACGGUCAGGGUAUCAACAUGGUGGGACACUUCUUCGUCUGCUGGAGCUUAAGAAUCGUCAUCUUACUGUCCAUCGUCACCAUGGCCGUCAGCUGCUUCCUACUGUAUUCCGUGUACGCCCAGAUUUACGGGGGUCUCAUGAGCUACACCAUCUGGAUCUUCACCUAUGAGUCCAUCACCCUGGCCAUCCAGAUCCUCACCGACGAGCUGAGCGUGGCUCUGGUCAGGGCCAUGCGCUGGUUCGGUUGGGUGACCCGUGCAUCCCUGCACAGCUUCUGUUUGUACUUCGUUGUCUCCCAUGCCCAGAUCAUCUACCAGAGCAAAAAACAGGGCAACAUACUCUCUUACCACAGGCGGGUCUCGAUGGGGAGCAGAGACACAACACGUCGGAAAUCAAAGAUUCUCAAUUUCAUCCCCCACUACAAUGAUUAAAGGUGGUGGUCACUUCCCACCUGGGAGGCUCUCAGGGGAGUCCCAGUCCCCCA